UUUCUCUUAAAGAAAACAGAGCGCCACUUCAGUUCACUAUGUAACCAGGUCCUGUGUGUGCAUAGUGCAGUUACCAGCUGCCGUUAGCCAGAUCGAAGUUCUGAUUGGCUAGAGAAUGCAAUUUACUGGCUGUGAAUAUGGUAACGCAUGCGUAAUUAGAUAUGCGUUAGACAAAAAUAUCUUAUUCUUACUUGAGUGGCCUACAGUUUAUUCUCUAUACUGUGUGUUCAAUAUGUCUGGCCAAAAAGAAAGCAUAGUUUUGUAUACAAACCAUGAUAGUUCUCCAACAUGGAGAGUACGUAUCGCUUUGGCACUGAAAGGACUUCAAUUUGAGCGGAAAUAUUUUAGAUUUCAUGAAUCAGUUGAGCCAGCAUAUUAUGAGGUGAACCCGCUUGGUCAAAUACCUGCAGUUGAAAUAGAUGGUGAUAUAAUUACCCAGUCAUUGGCAAUUAUUGAUUACCUUGAUGAGAAAUAUCCACAACCAAAAUUGCUACCAAGUGAUCUGAAGAAGAGGGCGAAAGCUAGAGAGAUUUCUGAGAUUGUUAAUUCAGGGAUACAGCCACCAUGCAACUUUUACUUCUAUCAUUAUGAUGACAACAUUGAUGAGUACACUAAACAGUGUAAAAAUACAGUAGAGAAAGGAUUCGUAGCUAUUGAAAAAAUCCUUGAAAAAGUGGCUGGAAAGUUUUGUAUUGGUAAUGAAAUUACUAUAGCAGAUGUGUGUUUAGCUCCACAAGUGUACCGUGCAAUAGGAUUCGGUGUAAAUAUUGCUCUUUUCCCAAAAAUUAGUGAAAUAUGGAAGCAAUUGUGCACUGUUGAUGCUGUUCGCAGCACCCAUCCUGACAAUGAACCUGACUGUCCAAAGGCUAAAACAAAAUGAACAUAUUUUAAAAAUCUGAAAAAUUAAAUCUUAUUAAAUUUAUUUUGACAGAUUUUAUAGCAUGUGUGCUGGUAAUCACACAAGGGCAGCUGUAAUCGGUGUAAGCUGUAGCGUAUACCCUGCCAUGUAAUUGUAUAUCAUUUGUGCUUAUUGUACUGCAAGU